CGUUCACCUCACAAAACACCAGCCUACCAAUUGCGAUACACCAUUUUAUCAAAUUUCUGUUUACAUUCUUUCAGGCCUGGCCCUCAAUAUAUCAGCAUGGAUUCUCAAACGCAACUCGAUAUCGCCAAGCUGAAUGAUGCCGACAGAAAAGAAUUGACCCAGUACCUCGCCAAUGAGGCACAGAAGUCCAAUAUUCAACAAUCUGUUCAUGGCCUUGCCGAUAUCUGCUGGAAAAAGUGCAUAUCUGGAAAGAUCUCCUCGGGACGCCUAGAUCAGCCCGAAGAAGCUUGUGCGCAGAACUGUGUGGAUAGAUGGAUGGAUACGAACUUUGCCGUGUUAAAGCACCUUGAAAUCCUUCGGGGACAAUAAGAGCCGAGGCAGUGAUGUUGUUCCUAAACUUGUUUUACCUAGACAACACUUGAACUGCUGUGAACGAUUUCUCAGUCCUUUCCUUGUCUCAGGUCAGGUCCUUCUUGAGCAGAAUGUCCAAUACGUAUCUUUGACUAGGGUAUAUCAACAAAUGACAUGCUAGGAGCUCUUUACUAUACUUAUGCCGUAUCUCGAUCCUCGUCCCAUAACGAUUCUUGCAUAGAAGCGUCACAAUUAUGCUUUGCACAACGACCAAACUGCACCUCCAGGAUAUCCUUAGAAACUAGGCAAGAUAUGACAGUUUACCAUUU